GCCGUGGCUGCAGCAGCUGGGCGCGGCCGGGCGGGGGGCGGUGGCUGUGGAGGUCGUGGGCGCUCGCUGGGCCGCUCUGCCCCGGACCAGGCCGCGUCUGGACGGUGAGCGGGCCGCGAGCUCCGGGCUGAGCCGGGCCGAGCCGGGGCGGAGGCGGGAAUCCGUGCGGAGACCGUCCAGGCAGGCUUGGCGGGGAGGCGGCGGCCGCCGCAGCACCGCCCUCAACGGCGCAGCCUGUGUCUUGCAGCUCCCUUCUGAGCCAUGUUUUUCACGUGCGGCCCCAACGAGGCCAUGGUGGUCUCGGGCUUCUGCCGGAGCCCCCCUGUCAUGGUGGCCGGAGGCCGCGUCUUCGUCCUGCCCUGCAUCCAGAAGAUCCAGAGGAUCUCCCUCAACACCCUGACUCUCAACGUCAAGAGCGAGAAGGUGUACACGCGCCACGGGGUGCCCAUUUCCGUCACCGGCAUUGCCCAGGUGAAGAUCCAGGGGCAGAACAAGGAGAUGCUGGCGGCCGCCUGCCAAAUGUUCCUGGGGAAGACCGAGGCUGAGAUAGCCCACAUCGCGCUGGAGACACUGGAGGGCCACCAGCGGGCCAUCAUGGCUCACAUGACCGUGGAGGAGAUCUACAAGGACAGGCAGAAGUUCUCAGAGCAGGUCUUCAAAGUAGCCUCCUCUGACCUGGUCAACAUGGGCAUUAGCGUGGUGAGCUACACUCUGAAGGACAUUCACGAUGACCAGGACUAUUUGCACUCCUUGGGGAAAGCUCGGACAGCACAAGUCCAAAAAGACGCUCGGAUCGGGGAAGCUGAGGCCAAGAGGGAUGCCGGGAUACGGGAGGCCAAGGCCAAGCAGGAAAAGGUCUCUGCCCAGUACCUGAGUGAGAUUGAAAUGGCUAAGGCACAGAGGGACUAUGAGCUGAAGAAGGCUGCAUAUGAUAUCGAGGUCAACACCCGCCGAGCACAGGCCGAUCUGGCCUAUCAGCUUCAGGUGGCCAAAACCAAGCAGCAGAUUGAGGAGCAGCGCGUGCAGGUGCAGGUGGUGGAGCGCGCCCAGCAGGUGGCGCUGCAGGAGCAGGAGAUCGCGCGCCGCGAGAAGGAGCUGGAGGCCCGGGUGCGCAAACCCGCCGAGGCCGAGCGAUUCCGGCUGGAGCGCCUGGCCGAGGCGGAGAGGUCCCAGCUGAUCAUGCAGGCAGAGGCCGAGGCAGAGUCCGUGCGGAUGCGUGGGGAAGCUGAGGCCUUUGCUAUCGGGGUCCGUGCCCGUGCCGAGGCUGAGCAGAUGGCCAAGAAGGCAGAAGCAUUCCAGCUGUACCAGGAGGCCGCGCAGCUGGACAUGCUGCUGGAGAAGCUGCCUCAGGUGGCAGAAGAGAUCAGCGGCCCCCUGACCUCGGCCAAGAAGAUCACACUGGUGUCCAGUGGAAGCGGGGCCAUGGGAGCUGCCAAGGUGACUGGGGAAGUGCUGGACAUCCUGAGCCGCCUGCCCGAAAGCGUGGAGAGACUCACAGGCGUCAGCAUUGCCCAGGUGAACAACAAGCCUUUGAGGAUGGCCUGAGCCCCUAGCCCUCAAUAGUGCCAUCUCGAGGUGCAGUUGUCUGAGUGGCGCUUCUGCUGCUGCACGUCCCCCGGGACCUCCUCAGCAUGUUGUCAGAGGGGGUCCUUCGUCCUCCUUACCGCACAGCCUGUGCCUUGCCUUGGUUGGAGCUGCCCGUUCUGACCCGCAUGGCCUGGACAGCCAGUGUCCAAGGGCCCCCCACCCACCAUGCAUCCAAGUUCCUGAGUCAGAGGCCCUGCCCUCUACAUGCCUCUCCUCCCCCCAGGACAGGAGGGCAGCCUGGAGGUGCCUUCCACACUGCUGCCAGCAAGUACUGAUCCUUGAAAAAAGUAAUAAAGCCGAACCAGUUCAGAGUGAGUGCCCCA